GCCCCGGAGCUAUCCUACACAAUGCUAAUGAGAUGCACCUUUCCUUGAUGUGUAAGGACUUAUUUAGGUCCGACAUUUCUAAACAAUAAAAAUACAAUUAGCGGAUGAUAAGGAAUUAACAAAACAACCGGAUAUUACGACGUGGAAGAUUUUUCAGGAACAAGAUGAAAAAUUACUAUAAGGACUCACUGUGGCUGUUGUUUAUGUCUAUGGUGUUCGGGAGUUACGGAAUGAGGAGGGUGUGCUACUAUACUAACUGGGCUCAAUAUAGACCCAAGGCCGGAAAGUAUACUCCGGAAAACAUAGACGAUCGCUUGUGUACUCACAUAGUUUAUUCAUUCGCUAAACUUACAAAUCAUGCACUGACUCCAUUUGAAUGGAACGAUGACUCUACGGAUUGGUCAAAAGGAAUGUUCGAAAAGGUCAAUAGUUUGAAGAAUGGGAACCCUGACCUAAAGACUCUUAUAGCAGUGGGUGGCUGGAACAUGGGGUCCGAACCAUUCACACUAAUGGUCAAGAAUCCCACCAACCGUCGCAAGUUUAUAACUUCUGCUAUAGUGUUCAUGAGGUCUCGUAACUUUGACGGCCUCGAUCUGGACUGGGAGUAUCCUGGCAACAGAGGCAGUCCGGCCAAGGACAAACAGAGGUUUACUAAGCUUGUAAAGGAGCUGUACGAUGAGUUCCGAAAAGAGUCGAAGAUAACGGGAAAACCACGCCUCCUGCUUACGGCAGCGGUAGCGGCGGGCAAGGCAACUAUAGACAAGGCUUACGAGAUCGCCGAGAUAGGCAGAUACAUGGACUUCAUCAGUGUGAUGACCUAUGACCUCCAUGGAGGCUGGGAGACUAAGACCGGUCAUAACAGUCCAUUGUUUAGGGGGCGGUGGGAGAGAGGAAACGAAGCUAAUCUAAAUUUGGCUUGGGCAGCCAGCUACUGGUUUACGGAGGGAGUACCAAAACACAAACUGAAUAUUGGACUGGCUGUUUAUGGCCGUUCCUUUACCCUCACCGACCCCUCGCAGUAUGGAGUAGGGGCCGCUGCAAAGAAAGGAAAGGGAGGCAAGUUUACGCGCGAAGACGGCUUCCUGUCCUAUUACGAGAUUUGUGAGAAGAGGAAGAAGUCUGGCGUGAAGACAUACUUAAUCGAAGACCAGAAAGUACCGUACAUUGUAGAUGGUGAUCAGUGGAUUGGUUAUGAUGAUCCGGACAGCCUUAGAGCCAAGGUCAACUUUAUAAAGAAAAGUGGAUUUGGCGGAGUGAUGAUCUGGUCAUUGGAUUUGGACGACUUCAACGGACAGUGUACGGGACAGAAGUACCCCCUCAUUGUUGCUAUCAACAAGGCCCUAGGGGUCAAACUACAGCCCAAAGUACAAAGACAGAAGCUGAUCCACACACAGACAGCCACCAACGCCAGAGCCCAGACCAGUGUAAUUAGGCCGCCAGACAUUCCGAAAUCAAAAAACAUCCGAACCAACAAACCCAUAAGUUCUAUAUGUGAUGGCGUACCAGACGGUUCUUUCCUUCCUCAUGAAAACACGUGCAAGAAGUUUUUUCGGUGUCUUGGUGGAGUGAAACUCGAGUUAAGUUGUUAUGGAGAACUGGAAUUCAACAGAGUGAUUAGUAGGUGUGAUUGGCCGCAGGAGGCAAACUGUUCGAUAAAGAAAAAAAGUUCCAAACCUAAAACACCAGUGAAAAAGAAAGUCCCUACAAACACCAAUAUGGUCGUACCAACCAAACAAAAGAAUAUCUGGGAUCAACCGACUCAGACUGACUUUCCUCCCGCUCCACCUACCGACCUACGUCAGAUGCAAAGUGUUCAGGAACUGGAACGCCAGCUAGCACAACCUUUAAUCUCUAUGGAGCCUCUGGUGGCACAACCUGUAAACAGCCUGGAGCCCCAGGUAGCACAGUCUGUACGCACUCUAGAGCCCCAGGUGGCACAGUCUGUACACACUCUACAACCCCAGCAACAAGUGACAAAUUUGUGGGACACGUCCCCAAACCAGCCGCAGUGGAAUCCUCCCCAGUCGACAGGUUCGAGCUCCUGGGAUAUUGCCAAUAGAGCAAUGGUCCAGGAAAUGACUCCCACGCCCAGUGUUGCACAACCGGGCUUAUUUCAGGAAACAGGAGCGCCGAACCCUCCACCAGAUAUGCUUAGCGCCGGACAGGGACAGGGACAGGCGCCACUGGACACAAAUGUGUCCCCAGUCACAGCCAUGGAGUUGGCGCAACUUUUUGAAGGAGCAACACAGUUAUUAAACAAUUUUGGAGGAACUAGGACAAGAGAUUUUUGUCGGAGCAGAGUGGAUGGCAUCUACAAAGACCCGCAUUCGUGUGAGAGGUUUAUCGAGUGUUCGCACGGUAUCACGUAUCGCACGAGUUGUGGGCCCGGCCGUGCGUUCCAUCCGCAGUUCCUCAUCUGUGACUAUUCCUUUAACGUGGAGGGAUGUGCUUAGAGGCCCAUACCGCUUACAACAAUGCUAAAAUAAUGUCUCAUUUGUUAUAUACAGGCUCAUCUUAAAGCUGUCAUGUGCACGUUUCCGAGAAUAACCUUGUUUUCAUACUAUAUUUCAACAUCUUUAGCUACAACUGUCAAACACAAAGAUAUGACAUCGCCACUGGGCAGCUGCUACAUUAUUUUGGUCUUAUAUUGACGUGGUUUUUUUUUCAUUUUCAUUUAUAUAUUUUUUUUCAUUUGGUCGGAAUUCCAAGAUAUACACAAUCAUUAAUCAGUGAUCGGAUUUAAAAACUAGUAUAGUCCGGCUAUAACGACCUGCCGCUGUCGCGUGAACCUUGGCGCGAAAUCAUUCUUACGGGCGAUGACCUCUUCAGUUAGGACAUACACGUGCGUCCCUAUGUUCAGCAGUAAUAUUGAGGACACGAACAAAAGUAUAUAUUUCACUUGUUAUGAUAAGCUUUUAUAUCAUUUUUUAUGUGUACUCAAUGAAUACCAUAUCAGUGUGAGGCAUCAUUAAAGAUGUACAAUGAAUUGUAUCUGUAUAAAGAAAUACCUCCUCUCAUUACAAAAUAAACGAUAUCCUGACUAAUUUGUACAGAUCUGUAUCAAUUUUACAUGCUAAAGAAAUAAAGAUGUUUGGUGGAACGGACACGGGUAUAUUUGAAUAUCGACUAGCCUGUGAUCCGUCAUUCUUGGACCCCAUCGGCUAUUAAGCUUUUGCUAUCAUCUGUGGACUGACAUAAUUACACGAAGGGAAGUAACUCUGAUAGAUAAGAAUACUGAUCAGUUUGGUGAAUGGUGUCAGUAUGGUGACUGGGGUCAGUAUGAUUACUGGGGUCAGUAUGGUGAAUGGUGUCAGUAUGGUGACUGGGGUCAGUAUGGUGAUCAGUAUGGUGACUGGGAUCAGUAUGGUGAUCAGUAUGGUGACCGGAGUCAGUAUGGUGAUCAGUAUGGUGAUCAGUAUGGUGACUGGGGUCAGUAUGGUAACUGGGGUCAGUAUGGUGAUCAGUAUGGUGACUGGGGUCAGUAUGGUGACUGGGAUCAGUAUGGUGAUCAGUAUGGUGAUCAGUAUGGUGACUGGGGUCAGUAUGGUAACUGGGGUCAGUAUGGUGAUCAGUAUGGUGACUGGGGUCAGUAUGGUGAUCAGUAUGGUGAUCAGUAUGGUGACUGGGGUCAGUAUGGUGAUCAGUAUGGUGACUGGGGUCAGUAUGGUGAUCAGUAUGGUGACUGGGGUCAGUAUGGUGACUGGGAUCAGUAUGGUGAUCAGUAUGGUGAUCAGUAUGAUGACUGGGGUCAGUAUGGUGACUGGGAUCAGUAUGGUGACUGGGAUCUGUAUGGUGUCUGGGAUCAGUAUGGUGAUCAGUAUGGUGACCGGAGUCAGUAUGGUAACUGGGGUCAGUAUGGUGAUCAGUAUGGUGAUCAGUAUGGUGAUCAGUAUGGUGAUCAGUAUGGUGACUGGAGUCAGUAUGGUGACCGGAGUUAGUAUGGUGACUGGGGUCAGUAUGGUGAUCAGUAUGGUAACUGGGGUCAGUAUGGUGAUCAGUAUGGUAUCAGUAUGGUGAUCAGUAUGGUGACUGGGAUCAGUAUGGUAACUGGGGUCAGUAUGGUGACUGGGAUCAGUAUGGUGAUCAGUAUGGUGACUGGGAUCAGUAUGAUCAGUAUGGUGACUGGGUUCAGUAUGGUGAUCAGUAUGGUGGUCAGUAUGGUGACUGGGGUCAGUAUGGUGAUCAGUGUGGUGAAUGGAGUCGGUAGGAUAUAGAUCAUUUCGUUCUGACUAUAGAAGUCCUUUACAGGCUAUAAGAAAUGACCGUAAUGUUACCGUUCGCUCACUGGGUAUUUGAUUGCGAACAUUAACAAAAAGACAACAUAUCACACACUUGGGCCAUAUUUAACUGACUUCAUGCGCUUUGAGCGCAUCCGACGCGUUAAUUUAGUCAGUAUCAAACAACAUUAGAUUUGUGUCUAUUUUCGCACGCCUACACAUAUUGAGACCAAGGUUGAAGUUUUAUUGAUAAAGCCAGAUAAGGUCCGUGUGACCACACCUCCUUAACACAGUUGUAUGUCAUUCUAUCAAGAUCUCGCGGUCAUCGCCGGUAGCACAGUAACACGUCACCAAUAGACAGUGGUCGCUUUGAUAUCACUUUUAAUUUUAACCGUUGCACCAUCAAAGCCUUAAAUAGUAAAACAAUGUAUUAUGUGAAAUAAAAAGAAACAAAAAUAUA